UUGUUUCUGUAUUCACUAAAAUAAAUGCAGGUAUUUUAUGGAUGUUGCUGAUUAUUCUGAGCGUCCUGACGGCACUUACUUUCCAUCACUGUUAUGAAGAUCCUGUUGUGAUUCCUGAGCUGAGAGUGAUGAUGUUGGGGAAGACUGGAGCUGGAAAGAGUGCAUCAGGAAACACCAUCCUUGGCAGAGAGGCAUUUAAGUCUGAAGCAUCAGCUUUUCCUGUGACCAAGUCCUGCGAUAGUCAAAGUGGAGUUGUGGAAGGACGAAACAUCACUGUAAUUGACACACCAGCAAUCACAACAGGGAAGGCUGCAUGGAUGUCGGAAAAGGUAGACCCAGGACCCCAUGUUUUCUUAUUGGUGAUUCCACUGCGUAGAUUCACAGAAGAGGAUGGAAAAGAAGUGAAGUGGAUCCAGAGCAACUUUGGCGAGGAGGCCCUGAAGUUCACCAUCGUCUUGUUCACUGGAGGAGACCAGAUGGACCAAAAAAACGCAGAGCAAUUUCUGCAUGAGAGCUCUGGACUUCAGACUCUGGUUAGAAGCACUGGUGGAGGAUAUCACAUCUUUGAUAAUAAAAACCCCAGAGGGCGCGGACAGGUCAAAGGGCUGCUGGAGAAGAUAGAGCUGCAACUGAGAAAGAACAUGGGUUACUCCUACUCCUAUGGCCUGCAUGAACAGGUGACAACAGCUGUAAGGGCGGAAGAGGAGAGGAAGAGAAGUCCAUAUAAAACCAGAGCCAUAAAGGGUCAGAACCAUUGA